UCGCCUGUGAGUGUGGAGACUUCGACGAAGAUGCCAUAAAAUCUUAAAAAUGCACUUACAGGAACUUAAAACAGACUGAGUAAAGUGACGAAAUUUCAUUGGUAAUGUUGAGCAGAAUUAAGAUCUGGAUCCGUGGCAACACUGAUUUUGGUUUUUCAUAAACUGCCAUAUUGCCUUUUAGGCUUACUCCUGUUUAAGACGUCCGAGACGAUGCAAAUACUGCAGAGCAGUUAAUUUAUUUCCUUUGAUUUUGUUUAAUUAUAUUUAUUUAUUUCUUUUGUUAAUUGCGUCGUUUAAAUAAAGUUCGGAUUGUUGUUCGAAUUAAUUAUUUAUUCCAACACUGGAAAAAUAAUUACAACGAUUUGGAAAGAUCAAGAUGGCAGAAGAAGUAAAUCGAAAUGCUAACCUUAACGAAGAUGAAGAUGGUUCCAGAGCUCAACAGCUUCAGCUCCAGUUAGACUGCUUGGAAGUCGCUAGGGAGAGAGUUCAGAACGAGUUGAGAGCUUUGAAUGGAAAUGUAGUUAAUGAUGGUGAGGAGCAAAGGGUUUGGAAGCAGAGGAAAAUUGACUUUCCUAGCAUCAGCUUAACCAACAAAGUAGAUUUCGAAGACUGGCUCUCCCAUAUUCGAGCGGCAGCGGAGGCGGCUGAUGUUUUAGAUUGUAUUUUUGACGAUGUCGUUGCGUCUUCGAUUCCUUUUGUUAAGUUGGAAGAUAAAGUACCCAGAGCAAGUCUGGCUAAGUCUAUCAUCACGGCUCGUCUCGAUUUAGAUCAUUUAAAGCUGGUAGAUGGCUUAACUACGUCUCGUGAGAUAAUGAAAGAGUUGACUGAAUACAGGAGACCGAGUACGGAUGCUGAGGCUAUCAGUGCGUGGAUUGACCUUUCUUUCUGGCAGGUAGAUAAAGAGAAAUCGGUUAGUGAUAAUAUUAGUAAGUUUGAGAAAAUUGUAAAACGUUACAAUUCUUCGGGAGAGCAAAUCUCUGAAAGAAUGACGCGCGAUAUCUUUGUCAUGGGGUUACCUCCCAAAUCUCGAUCGUCGAUCUGGGAUAGUUUCAGACGUAAGAAAAAUGCUACUUAUAAAGAGGCGAAAAAGUUGUAUCGUGAGUUCGAGAAAGAACGUGAGAAUGUUCUUAAUAGGAUAAAAGGUAACGCCGAUUCGACUAGGAGUAAAGAUGUAAAGAAGAAAGAGAAUCGUAACGAAAGAAAGUUUAAACCAUAUUCAUACAACGAAACCGAUCGUCGAAAUCGUCGUGACGAAGAUAACUCUGAUCGCGGUCGCAGUGAAAAGAAUGAUUACAGUCACAGUCGUAAUGAAAAGUAUGACAAGUAUGACAAGUAUGAUAAGAAUGUUCGCCAGCCGUUGAAGCCGUUCAAUCAACUAUGCUAUCGAUGUAAAAAGCCGGGUCACCGCGCUUUCGAAUGUACGCUACGCCAAUGUUUUGUAUGUGGAGAAAUUGGACACGAAGCCGGUAGCUGUCCUUAUAAUAACCCGAAGAAACCGCCGAGAACUGCUAAUUCAGAAGAUCAUGGAAGGAAGUCCACUCCGAAGAAUUCCAAAUUUAAGCGAGGAAGAGCUCAUAUGGCUAAAGGAGAUACAGAUGCUACUAAUUCCGAUAGCGGUGAUUCUCGCGAUAGUCGCGAAUAUGUUGUAUAAUUUAGAUUAAAUUAUGAAGAUCCAGAGAAGGGAGUGUUGAGCAGAAUUAAGAUCUGGAUCCGUGGCAACACUGAUUUUGGUUUUUCAUAAACUGCCAUAUUGCCUUUUAGGCUUACUCCUGUUUAAGACGUCCGAGACGAUGCAAAUACUGCAGAGCAGUUAAUUUAUUUCCUUUGAUUUUGUUUAAUUAUAUUUAUUUAUUUCUUUUGUUAAUUGCGUCGUUUAAAUAAAGUGCGGAUUGUUGUUCGAA